AUGUCAUCGGUUGCUGGCGAUGCUGACGGACUUCUGUUUGUGGGUCGCGCCCUCAGCACCGCCGAGCGCGCAGCGUUGCAAUCAUCGAUCCCGCUUCUCUCGGCGAGGUACGAGACACCCGUGCGUUUUUGGGGCAAGAUUCUUGGCUACAAGGGCGAUUACCUCGUGACGCAGGCUGUGCCGGAGGGCGUUUUUGGCAAACGCUUCAGUUUUUUCAGUGUGGACGGGGGAACCUCGUGGCGUCUGUUGGACCCCCUCACCGAGGACGAGGUGGCGUUUUGCGAUCAACUACGCGGUGUGUACAUGGGCGAUCCGACGUUUAUGUAUAAAGUGCGGCGGGAUAUUCCACCGGAGCCUGAGCCGACCGCGGCGAUGCCUGACGCGGAUGAGUUAUUGACGGCGGCGCGUGAAAAAUAUGGCGCAGAAAAGACCGGACAGGAGGGCGAAGAGGAGGAGGAGGAGGAGCAGGAACAGGAGGAGGCUGAGGAGGAAGAGGAGGAGGAAGAGGAUGAAGACGAGGAGGAGCAUGAAGAGCAGCCAAAGAAGAAGCGACCCAAGUUUAUGAUUAUUGCCGUGCCAGAAACCGUUCGGCUGGCGCAUUUUAUUCAGUUGCACGAUGCGGCGUGUACACUCGUUGUGCGGGGGCAAUAUGUUUUUACGCCAAGUGGUAGCGGAGUUUCAAAGAACACAAUGUUUGCUGGUCAACCAGUGCGUCAUGCGAUGAAGCCAUCGUGUUAUUUGCGUGCUUUUCAUCCUGGCAACGAAGAGCGCAAUCGCAUUCUGUACGGUCCAACCUACAGCAGCGUGACAGACCGUCUUUCUCCCAUCACCGAUGACGAGCCGCAGGGGGUGUGGGUGGUGAAGUAUGAUCCCACUGCAAGCAUUGUGACGGUGCAGAACUUGUUUUACAAUGGAUCACUCUUUUGGUAUCGUCCUGGCACAAAUGACUGCGGUCAGGUGUACUUUGGCAACGGAGAACGCGACUUGGAGACCUGUUUUCUUCUGUAG